AUGGGAACAACUUGCGCCAAGCCGGAGAUUGAUGGCGCUAUCGAGUCAGACACGGGAGUGGCUCCGUACCGCAGCCCGUAUCUGGACAACAUCAUGUUGCUGAGCGACUCCUACAAGACCUCGCACUGGCGCCAGUAUCCUCCAAACACUACAGAGGUCUACUCGUAUUUUGAGUCGCGCGGUGGCAAGUUCGACGAGGUCGUGUUCUUCGGGCUGCAGUACUUCAUGAAGCGGUACUUGCAGGGCAAGGUUGUCACACGGGAACGAAUUAAUGCUGCAGAGCGGAUCGUAAAUGGCCACAUGGGCCUUGGUGAGAUGAAGCACUUCAAUCGUGAGGGCUGGGAGUACAUCUUGGAGAAGCACGACGGCAGGCUUCCAGUGGUCAUCAAGGCAGCGCCGGAAGGUAUGGUGGUCCCAGUGAAGAACGUGCUGAUGACGGUUGCCAACACAGACCCCAAAUGCUUUUGGCUGACCAAUUACCUGGAGACUUUGCUGGUCCAGGUUUGGUACCCCAUGACGGUGGCGACGCAGUCCCGUGCACAGAAGCAGGUUAUCAUGGAAUCGCUUAUCAAGACCGGCACAGAUCUGAAGAACAUGCCCAACAAACUUCCGGUCCCUCUAAAGAUGAUCACUGUGGGCUACCAGCUCAAUGACUUCGGCUGCCGAGGCGUCUCCUCCAUGGAGACGGCAUCCAUUGGAGGUGCAGCUCACUUGGUGAAUUUCUGCGGCAGCGACACCAUGCCAGGUCUCUGCACCGCCAUUGACUAUUACAACUUGCCGCUGGAACAGUGCGUGGGAACCUCCGUUCCUGCGGCAGAGCACUCCACCAUCACCAGCUGGACCAAAGCAGGUGAGAAGAGCGCGUUUGAGAACAUGCUGAAGCAGUAUCCUGAGGGCAUUGUUGCCGUCGUCUCUGACUCCUACGACAUCUUCAAUGCGUGUGAAAAGCUCUGGGGCACGGAGCUGAAAGACCUCAUUGCGUCUCGUGCUGCUCCCGGUCGGCUGGUUGUCCGUCCUGACUCAGGCGAUCCAAAGACGAUUGUUGUGGAGGUGCUGGAGCGACUUGGGAAGCAUUUCCCGGUCACGACCAACUCUGCUGGGUUCAAGGUGUUGCCGUCCUACAUCCGCGUAAUUCAGGGUGAUGGUAUUUCCUACGAAUCUCUCAAGGAGAUCUUGGGGAACCUCGAGGCUAAGAAGUGGGCGGCGGAAAAUGUCUGCUUCGGCUCAGGCGGAGCUCUGCUGCAAAAGAUGGACCGCGAUACACAGAAAUGUGCCUUCAAAUGUUGCGAGGCCAUAGUGGAUGGCAAGCCCAGGCCUGUCUUCAAGGAUCCCGUGACUGAUCAAGGAAAGAAGUCAAAGCAGGGCCGGCUGAAGCUGGUGAAGCGCGAGGGCAAACUCACCACGCUCACGGAUGGCCAGGGCGAUGAGAAGGAAGACUUGCUGGUGGAAGUCUUCCGUAAUGGCGAGAUCACCAAGACCUUCACUUUCCAGGAUGUUCGACAGCAGUCUGAGGUUGGCCUGGUGACUCCAAUUUUCGAUGACCUGGGGCCCAUGCCCACCAGCGAGUGCCGCGAGGGCUUACUGCAUGGCCUCCGCGACCUCCUCACCAGCAAGGAGCUUUGCGACAUCGCCCUUGUGGCGGCAGGUGGGGAGGCUUUCCCGGCUCAUCGAACGGUGCUCGCCGCUUGCAGCCCAGCUUUGCGUGAACGGCUCUCCAAACUUCAUGCGGCAUCACCUCAGGCAGACGGAUUGCCGGUCAUAGCCCUGGACGUCAAGCACUGUGAGGCAGUGAAAGCCCUCAUAGAUUCCGUCUAUGGAAGCAGCGCAGCUGAGUCUGACAGGCCUUACAAUCCGAGCUCAGAGGCUGCUAACUUGGACGUACUGAAGCUUGCGCGCGAGUUUGAGCUUCCCGCCUUGGAGGACCAGGCACUCCUUGUCAGCAAGAGCUGUCGAAUGCAGAAGCCUUCAAACAAGUUGACUUGCAAGCCUUGGUUCUACAUGACAGCUUGGCACAACUUGGCACAUCUUGCAGUGGCUUGCAGCAUGGGUGUUAGCAUGGCCCAUGCGGAGAGUGGCCUCCAAGCUUGGCUUGGCUCGCAUAGCUGGCGUGGCUCGCUUGACUCUGGCCUUGCUUUGCGCACGAAGCAGAGCGGUAGCCUCUCGGCCUCACAAUUCCUGUGA